UGCUAUUGAUGUUAUGGUAAGGUGUGAAAGCAUAGAUUAACAUGAAAAUGACAAAUAAGCCAAACCCUGAUAGUUCCACCAAUAGGUCUCAGCAACAGAAGAAUCAUCAGAGUGAAAGGGCAAAUGGGAAUGAAGGAUCAUCCUCACUCACGUCCACUAACCCUUAUCCUCCCCCAACCGCUCUCUAUCAGGACCUUGCUCGUGAUGAAAAACUUUUCUGGGAAAAGCUUCAAUCUUUUCACAAUUCAUUUGGCACCAGAUUUAAGGUUCCUACUGUAGGAGGAAAGCCACUUGAUCUAUAUCACCUUUUCGUAGAAGUAACAUCUCGCGGUGGUCUUGAGAAGGUGAUUGUAGAUCGAAAAUGGAAGGAGGUGAUUACAGCCUUCCAGUUCCGGGAUACCAUAACGAGUGCAUCAUUUAUGGUGCGCAAAUGCUAUCUGUCAUUGCUUUAUCACUUUGAGCAAGUGUAUUACUUUCGGAAGCAAGGCCGUCCUUCCUUGACACCUGAUUCUGCAAAUCGAAGCCUUGCCAAUAGCUCUGCUACCGAUAAAGAAGGUGCUGCCGUGAAUGAUCCACCUGUUCAGACUAGUCCAGUACAGGCACCUGGUUCUGUGCUUCCUGGAACGAUUGAUGUGAAGUUUGAUGGUGGAUACGUAGUUACAGUGAAUCUGGGUUCUGAACAGCUGAAAGGUGUCCUGUAUCAUGUUCCUGAUGUGUCCCAGACUUCUCAUGCUGAAGGAACGGCUAGUUUGCAGAAUCGAAAGAGAUCAAGAUUAGCAUCACGUGAUCCAUCUCGGCCAAAGUCAAACAGGAGUGGAUACAAUUUCUUCUUUGCUGAGAAUUAUGCCAAGCUAAAACCCUCAUUUCAGGGGCAAGAGAGAGCAAUUAGUAAGAGGAUUGGAUUUCUGUGGAGCAAUCUGUCAGACGCAGAAAGACAGAUGAAGGGAAAGAAAUGGAAAAAGGUUAUGUUAUAUGUAUCUGGACUAGUUUUUUCAGGAACAUGGAUUAUUUUCCUUCUUUUUCCCUUCAUUUAAGAUCCAUUGCUUGUUAUAUUUGCAUUCAAUGUAGCUAUUGUUGAUAUGACUGAUAAUCUAGAGAUGUGUUAGAUCUCAAAAUUUCUGUUCUCUUUUUAUUGUACACUCAACUACAUCCUUAGCAAUCUAUUAAUCGACCCUAGAACUAAGCUAAAUUUGACAAAUCCUCAGAUUCUCACCCAUGGAAUUGAGUAGGAUUCAUGGACAUGCUUGAAAUCUGUGUACUUAAUGUGGCAGUGUGUGAAUAGGAAUUAACUUUUUAAUGUCUGCAGAAUAUUAGAAAGUAGUCAGAGCCUUUUCUAGUUGUAGAUGUAGCUAUCAUGGUGUUCUUCUGGCAUUUCAGAAAGCUCCCCCGCAGGUUUUAUGUAAAGCUAACUCUAUUUUCCUAUUGGCUUAUGGAAGCUAUCAGGGAUUAUCGUUUCUAAUUCUAUGUGGGUAAUAACAGCUUCUCAAUUCUAUGUGAAAAUAUUAAGGGUCUAUUUGUUUCAGCUUUUUAAAAAAGUGACUUAUUUUUAGAGAUUUUAUAAAAACUAAAAAGUUAUUUUUUUGUUUGGUUACAAUUAUAAAAAAAAUACUUUUUUAUUUUAGUGGGUAGUUAUAAUUUCAGCUUUUUUACUGGAAGCUAUUCAAAACAAUGUCUCUAGAAAAACUUAAAUAAUUUUCAGCUUCUGACUUUUUCAUAAUUUUAACCAAACAAUUUUAAAACCUGAAAAGUGAUUAUUUUUGAAAAAAGUGCUCUUUUCGUGAAAUUAUUUUUGUUGUAGUAGUAAUGGCUUUUUCCUUGUUUCCUAUUCUAAAAUUUAACCAUAGAAGAAAAAUAUUUGCAUGCUGACCCAAGUUCAAUUUUUUGUUGUGUAUGAAAAAAACAUUGUUGGCACAGACAAAGCUCACUUCAGUGAUCUCUAUGCCUCAAAGGGUUUAGUCUCCAACUCUUAGCUCACGAAAAGCAGAACAAAGAAAUGGAGCAACCCUUUUUUGUUUGAAAUUAUAUUCUGGGGUUAUUUAUCUCCUAAACUUUCUCAUGCAACUUUUUUGUGUGAAUUUAAUGCAGGUUUACCAGGAGAAAGGGUUGAGAGAUAAAGAAAGAUACAGGACUGAAAUGUUGGAGUAUAAAUCCAAUAAUUCAACUUCAAAUACUCAAUAGGCUGUUAUAUGGAAUCCUUAGACUUCCAUUUCACAUGUUCCAUCUUUUGUUCAUUGUAUUUGUCUUUAUCAUAGUUAAUUUUCUUUAUCUUUCGCCAUAGAAGCUUUGAAGUGUAGCUUUGUGACAAUUCUAGUGUAAAAUAUGAUGAAUGAUUUUAGAAAAUAUCU